AUGAAUUCCCUCCGCGUCCUCCCCCGCGCAGCAUCUCGAUGUCUCAAAGCUAGACCCCUCCUCGCCAAAUCCCCAUUCUCCACCUCCCCCCGUCUCCUCAAUUCCUCCCCAAAACGCAACCCACCCGAAGCACCAGACGCAUCGGCAGCCACCCCCCGCAAAGGAGACGCACCAUCACACCUAGGAACCACAAACCGUCUCCCGGAAUUCAAUCUAGUUGACAAAGUCGUUCUCGUCUCUGGAGCUGGUAGAGGUCUAGGCUUGGUACAAGCAGAGGCUUUGUUAGAAGCUGGAGCUACAGUCUACGCACUCGACCGACUCGAAACACCCUCCAAAGAUUUCUCCCGGAUCCAACAGCGCGCCACCAACGAACUCGGCACCUCCCUCUCAUACCGACGCAUCGACGUGCGGGACGUCGAAAAACUAAACGUCAUCGUCGAGGAGAUAGCCAGGAAACACAAGCGACUAGACGGACUGAUUGCCGCGGCGGGGAUCCAGCAGGAGACGCCCGCGCUGGAGUACAAGGCGAAAGAUGCGGAUCUGAUGAUGAGCGUUAAUGUGACGGGGUGUUUUAUGACGGCGCAGGCGGCGGCGAGGCAGAUGAUUAAGUAUGGGAAUGGGGGGAGUAUUGUUAUGAUUGCUAGUAUGAGUGGGACGGUUGCGAAUCGGGGUCUCAUCUGCCCCGCCUACAAUGCCUCCAAAGCAGCCGUCAUCCAACUAGCUCGCAACCUAGCCUCUGAAUGGGGCGAGCACGGCAUCAGAGUGAACACCAUUUCACCCGGCUACAUCGUGACGGCUAUGGUUGAGGCGCUGUUCGAGAGGUAUCCUGAGAGGAAGGAGGAGUGGCCGACGCAGAAUAUGUUGGGGAGGUUGAGUUAUCCGGAGGAGUAUAGAGGUGCGGCGGCGUUCUUGAUUAGUGAUGCGAGUAGUUUUAUGACGGGGAGUGAUUUGAGGAUGGAUGGGGGGCAUUCUGCUUGGUAG